CCACUCUGCCGGCCGCCGCAUCGCAGCAGCGCCCGCCCGCCGCGCGGCUCCUAGCUCUCGGCCGUGCCGUCCCACCCGGACGCCCCCGGCCGGCGCCCGUCCAUGCUCCGGGCCACCAGGAGGGCCUGCCAGCUCCUCCACAGCCUCCUUCCUGUCCCAAGGAUGUCCGCCUCGAAGCUCGUCGGGCCCCAGGAGGCCUUGCCCGGCCGCGGAGAGGCCAUGCCGGUAGCAGCCAAACAUCAUGUCAAUGGCAACAGGACAGUUGAACCUUUCCCAGAGGGAACACAGAUGGCUGUGUUUGGAAUGGGCUGUUUCUGGGGAGCCGAAAGGAAGUUCUGGAUCCUGAAGGGAGUGUAUUCGACUCAAGUGGGCUUCGCAGGAGGCUACACUCCCAACCCCACUUACAAGGAAGUCUGCUCAGGGGAUGACAGAUGUCAGAGCCUCCACGGUACUGUUGGCGUGCAGAUUGGCGGCCCUGAGCCCAGGAGCCAGGGCUCCAGUUGGCCAGGCACCCUGCUCAUGGGUGUGCACAGCCCAGCGGGCCUGGGUGAGCGCGUCUGCGAGCAGAAGCAUGAGGUCAGCUAG